AUGUGCACCAUUGCAGAAGCCAGCGAGCCCCCCACCCCCAACCCCCUCACCCCUCUCGGAGGCCGGGACUGCUCACCGCUGAUUCAGCAGACCUUCCAGCAGGAGCGGUCGUCAGGGAGGGGAGCGGUAAUCGUGACAACCGCGGUGCCUCACCCCUGCCGAGGGAGCCCAGCUCACCCCACCUCCUCCCUGCUGGGCCCCGGGCCACACCUGUCAGCCUGUGGGACCCCUGAGGGGUGCUGGAGGGUCGAGGACACCCCCAGGAAGAGCAGCCUUCCGGGAACUGGGGACACCUGUACGCCAGGUACGUCUCAUCUCAGCUCCGGCAGCCCCCGUGAGGUCCCUCAGGUGAGUGUCUGCAUGAUCCGCCUGGCCAAGCUGCAGCAGAAGCUUGCUACUCACCCGAGUGGAGUGGCGGGGGACGCUCAGCAGGGCUUGUGUCUCGCUCUGGCGGCGGCCAGGGGGGUGUGCCCUCCGCCGGUGGCCUCCCCGCCACCACCCCGGCGCACGCACCCGCAGCCCCCUCACGCGGCCCCCCGCCUCCGCCGCGCCGGCCGCACACUCCCGCGCGCCGCGUCUCCCCGGCCCGCCGGCCGGCCGCCCACGCGCACAGUCAGCCGCGCGCGCACCUGUGCCCCGGGUCGGGCCCGCGUCCCCCCACCCCCGCCCCCGCGCAGCGGCCCCGACGCCCGCCGUCCCCGCCGGCUCACCGUCCCGCACCUCCCGCCCCGGCACCGGCGCCCCGCCGCCGCCCGCAGCCCCUCCCCGGCGCCCGCAGCCUCGCGCCCUUGCCUGCAGCGCCCGUGUUCCGCGCGGCCGCGCCCCCACUCACCGGCUCCCGGCGCGCCCGGACCCCGGGCCCGGCCCAUGGGCAGCGCCCGCCGCGCCCGCUGCGAGUCGCGGCGCCUUGGACCCGGGGCGCUGCCCGCCGCCCGCUGUCAGCGCGGUCCCGGGCGCAGCCCGCCGUGCGCUGGCGACCGGCCCCGGAGCAGCGCGGCGCGGCGCGGCGCCCCCUCGCGGCCGCACGGAGGAGCGCGGGGCGCGCGGGCCGCGGGGUGGGGCUGCGGGCGUUCUGGCCGCGCUGCGCGCCCUUCCCGCUCCUCUCCUGGGGCCUCCUGUUGCGCGGGCGGCCCUGCCCACGCGCCUCUCCUCCGCUCCAGACCUCAGGGUCAAGGCCGAGCAGGGCCCUCCGCUUCGGCUCAGCGUCCGGCCCCGUGGCUGGGACCCACUAUGAGCGUCAUUGGCUGCUCCCCUGAGCGUGGCUCCUACGGGACUCGGUACCGGAACUACCCCCACCGGCUCUCUCACCAGAGUGUGCGGCCCUCCUGGGAGCUGUCAGCUCAGCCUACCCGGCCCCCCUCCCGCGCCCACCCCGAGAUAUCUAGCGGGUACUUCCUGAGGGCCUCCGUGUGCCGCCGAACCAGGCCGGGUGCAGACGAAGCUAUGGUACCUCCCCAACACAAGAGAUUCCGAGGCGACCUGAGUUUGCUCCAGCAGCCUAGCACUGGGACGGCAGGACUGGGGUCCCCGUCCCCUGAGGAGGCUGCUCCUGGGGCUGCUGUCCUGAAGGUGGACGAGCGGGAGGGGGCGGUUGAAAUCCUCAGCCCCAAGGUGAUGGUAUUAAGAUGCGGGCCUUAG